AUGGAUGAGUUUAGACUGGAAGCUUAUGAGAAUACUAAGAUAUUCAAGGAGAGAGCUAAGAGGUGGCAUGACCAGAAGAUCUUAAAGAAAGAAUUCAAGCCAGGACAGCAAGUGCUUCUGUACAACUCUAGGCUCAAGAUCUUCCCUGGCAAGCUAAAGUCCAAAUGGACAGGGCCGUAUCUAGUAACAAAAGUUUUUCCCUAUGGAAGUCUUGAGCUGCUAGAUGAAGCUACACAGAGUCACUUCACAGCAAAUGGGCAUAGAGCAAAGCCUUACUUAGGAGGGCAAUGGGACAAGGAAAAAGAAGUUCAAUAUCUGAACUGA